AUCACACAAUUGCACAUUACGCUGCCUGACUUACCUUUGCUGACAACACCACUCGACUCUAUCUCUGUUCCGCCGACGCGAAUCGAACCGUAGGAGUUGCAACGAAAUGCUCAGCGCCGCUUUUCGGGGGUCACCCGCCCCGAUAGGAUCUAGCUCACAGCCUAUAACUAUGCAGCAGCCUCGGCUGCCCCCGGUUCUGGCACAGCAGCCGCAGCCGCUGUCCACGGCGUCCUCACUUGCGGCCGAGCCCUAUUUCGACUCACCGCGGGGCUCCCUCGGUGUCUCUACGCUGGCUGCGCGUGAAGCACACGUAGAGGCAGACGAGGCGGGCUCCGUGUGCGGUAGUGAGCGCGAGGAGGAUGUGUUCGCCGGAGACUUUGAGGCGUCCAGUUCCAGCGCCCAGCAGCCUGCGCAGGCAACGUUUAUUAACAUUCCCAGCGCGCUUCCUUCUUCCGGCGCGCCAUCCACGCCCCACCCACUCCAAAGCGCUGGCCCAAGUGGCGAGUAUGCCACCGGUUUUGAUGGCGCGAUCGGACGCGCAGCGGGGGGCAGCCACGGCGACAGCAUGGCGGACCUGCAGGCUAACCUGGAGCAGUUGUCGGCGUGUGGAAGUGGUCGCGGCUCCAGGCCCAUCGGCAUCCCGCGGUCGGGGUUGGCGGCGACGUACCAGCCCGCUGCCGGUGCCUACAUGAACGGGUUUGUGCCGCCUCAUCAGAUCGUGGCUGCGUCCCUCCGCGAGGCAGACCCACUGCUGACGCACAGCCAUCGGCACAAAAGCACUGCGGAGCGCCUCCGUGCGGCGGUGUUCGAGCAGACCGGCCACAUGAGCGUGGCGACCGGUACAGCCUUCCUGCAGACACAGGGCUUUAAGCCGAAGCAGCGGGCCUCGUAAGCGCUAUGCUUACAGCAGCGUCUCCAUAAACCACGCAUUCUUUUAGUCCUGCUAGCGAGGGCGCUGUACGGGUUGUCCUAUGGGAACACCCAGCCCUGCAGCUUCUCAUCCUCGGUAUUGUUUGCUUGCUGGUCUGCGCUAGAUUACAGCGUUUGCCUGUUUUACGGUUGCCCAAGUGUGGGCAACACCUGCCAACCUGGUGUUUGCCGCCUGUUUUCUGGGUUUACCCUGGCCGUUUUGCCAGUGACUAGGUCUGACGGCUUGGAUGAUGGACGCGUUUGGGGAACGGCCUGUCAGUGCGGAGAAAGCACAACAUCCGAAAUGUAGCGAUGGAAGCGCUCAUGUUUUUCCUUGGAGUCUAAGGCCAACAUGGAUGUGGACGCAAUAGCUACUUGCACCCACUUCAUUGUACAAUAACCUAUGCCAACCUGAUGUAUUGCACGAAGGGCGAGCUUGGAAUGUGGAAGGGUUGUGGGGUUUUCCUCGUGCCUAAGAAGCGGCGCCGGCGCGCAGGUUGAGGCCGGCCGGUGUCUGGUUUGGGGCUUUGCUGGCGAGCAUAGCACCGCGCAUUAUGUGGUAGGCCGCAGCAGUGAGGAGUGUUGUGGCUAGAGGAUUUCCUGCUGUUUGGUUGAUUGAAGGCUGUGCUUGUGCUUGACAGCGGGACUUGGCUGGACGCAUGGCGGGCCUUGUCUGUACGAAACGACCCCGGCUACGUCCGGGAGAUGAGGUCGACGCGUGCGGCCUCAGACUGGAGAUGUGGCGUGCGCGCAGCCCACUUGUCCUCGUGUCGUAUCUGUGCGUGCCAGUGCGGUUCUUAUAGAUGCUGUUGACGAUGACAGUUCCAGACGGCAAUUUCAUCAUAACCCUUCACGAGCGAACUGUAUGCUGACUUUUAGCGGACUGGCGAUGGUAGCUGGAAUCUGGCAUGGCGAUGACGGUGCUUAAGACAACUUGCAGGCACCAAACCAUCUGCGGGGCGGCCCAUGCACGGCGAGCCUGAGAGCUGAGAGCUGGGGUCUGAGGUCGAGGGUUGAGCAACCGACGUGUGGAGCGAUGGCGCAGGGGGAGGCCGAAUAAUUACGUGAGCGCGUGCCUCGUAACGGUAUUAGAGCAUGGAAGAAUGGUUACAGGGAGAUGCCAAGCGCGAUUGUACUAAACCGUGGCAGAGAAUGAGAGUGCAAGCGCGCUUAUAUGUGAAGAAUAGCAAAUGGCUGGUGCGGCAAAGGCAAGGGAUCUUGGGGGCUGCCGUAUUGCAGUCAGACGGAAAGAGUGCUGGAAUGCUGGACGCUGGGGAUGCUCGUGUGAGGCCGUGAGCCGGUCCUGGUACUGGUAGCUGAGUUGGGACGAGACGUCGCACCGCUGCUACCCGUACUUCCGCACGGAACGCGGUUGCCCAUACCGUAAGUUAUUUGACUGGCCGCGAUGGCUUGGUCGCAGAUGGCCAGGCGCAGAACGGCAGAAGGCAGAAGCUAAGCCAUGUAAACGCCUGAUGAGUG